AUGCCUCGAGUUAUCAGUCACGUCUCCGGUGCGCAGUGGGAGAAGGAUGGCCCACAGUCACCGACCCAAAAGUUCUUCAAGCAAUAUGUCAAUGCUGUUGACUCGAGGGGCUACGAUAGUGGUUCUGGGCUUAAGUUCUAUUCCAAGGACGUUAUCUUCCAUAACCAGAAUAAUGCCGUCUACUACGGAGGAGAUGAGAUGUGGGCAUGGAUGAAGAAACUUUUUGACGUGUUUGAGCGUAUUCACCACGACUGGAUCCAUUUCCUGGAGGUUGAGCGCGAUGAUGGGACCAGCCAGAUCUAUACCCAGAAUAUUCGAAACCUUUGGCUUCGCGGGAACAAAGGAAGUAAGCCGACUGUUAGCAUCCCCAUCACGAUGAUUGCUAUUAUUGGGAAGAGUGGAAGCGCUGAGACUGCUGAGGGGCUGCAUUUCAAAGAGGUCUGGCUCUACUGGGACACGGCCCUUCUUUUGCCCCAUCUCCCUAAGGAGGCUGUAGUCUUCAAAACGGAGAAUAUCUUGCACGGUAAUAAGGACUAG